AAGCCUUUCCGGCAGAGCGUCCUUUCCAGACCUCGACCACACGAGUUUUGUGAGGUUUGGCUUGUAUCAGGAACGACGCUGGCAUGGGUCCAACAACGACAUCCCGAUCCCGGGCAGGGCUGCAAACCACGACAGGCGUCCCUCGACCUUUUCAAGUAUUUUCCUCUCUUAUACCUCAUGGAUCUCUGCACUGCCCCUCUUCCACCUUUUUCGCGUUCGUCCCAAUCGCAUCUCUUCCUGUUCUAUUUGACCAGUCACUCCUUGAAGGUCUUUUUAAUUUCGCUUUUUGCUCAUCUAUAUACUGGGAGCUGGCUCUCAUCUACUCUAACCCAGGCUACGUCGAUCACCAAACGAGUUUGUUUCUAUAUUACUUUUUCCUAAGUGCAUAGCUCAACUCAUCACACUCAUUUCCGCUGCCCGACACUAUCUACCUGCAGGCACAAAGUAACCAUACCCACAUAUCCUCAUCGUGAGGCAUCGCUGUUUAAUUUCGUUCCACCGGAAACUUUACGCAUUCCCUACGUAUACAUAUCAGAGUUGCGCAUCCCCCGGAUCUUAUCAUAUCUGGUAAAGUUACAUACAAAUCCUUAUAAUCCUUCCCGGACAUACAUCGACCUUACCGACCCCCCGGAUCGGUGGAUCAUUAUAUAUUACUUUUUCUUUUCCAUAACUAUCCACCGCUGACGACGAUCCUGUUAAGUCAAUCGGCCAUUAACUAUAAUUAAUUGAACCUGAUCCGCGGUCAUGGGUUCCAUUCAAACGCAAUCGUAAGAACAUUAACUCCUCUUCACGAUAGCGUCUUUACUUACAUCUAACCCUAGCCGCCAUUCAUUUCAUCCACAAUCUUCUUCUGCUUUUAAUCCCAACGAUAAGUUUAGAAGAGAUUGUCCGCCACGAUCGUUUCCAUCAGCUUCUACCAUGAAUCCCAGCGAGAUAUCUAUGAAGCGAGAGCCUGUUGGAUUGGGCAUGUGGUCAACAACAACAACACCACCAAACCCAACUACGAGACCUCGACCAGCAACCAUACAUGAGACUGGGUUCUCAUAUGGUAUGUCAGGGCAAAACAACUAUUCUUUACCAGCAUGGGAUUCUUCGACGAUGCCAAUGCAACCCAUGCAUGACGGAUUGUCGCAAAACUAUGCAGUUCAGCACGAUUACUAUUCACCAUCAUCAGGAGGGGAACGUGAAUCACACCAGAACCAUGCUAUUUCCGUUAGCGGUAAAGCUUUUUCUGACUUUGAUUUUACAGAUCAUUGGAGCACGAAAUCUUGUGAUGAUGUUGUGGAAAUGCAAGGUCUCGAUACAGAUAUGCACAUGGGCCAGGCUUAUACCACGGACGAGGCUGUACCAAUUUUGGAUUUGAGAUGUGGACCUGGAAUGGGUUCCGAUCCAUCUAAUAUCGAUCAGCCAUGGAGUUCGAGAAGGAUGUCUGGUUCAUCAUUCACGUUAUCAACCACAGGAGCUCUUUCUGAGAUGCCAUCAUAUGAGGACUUUUCUACUACAUUAUCAGAAGCACCUUCUUUUACUUCAGACUAUCCACCUACGUCAAACCGGAAUUCAUUAAUGUCAUCAACACAAUUAUCGCCCGUAGCAUCUCCUAGAAUGACGCCACAAAAUAGAUCAGAAUUGGUACGAACUCAAAGCAGAGGCAGAGCAACACCUUCGCCUCGGCCAAGUAUGCGCUCAGCACCUUAUAAUAUGGAUAGCAAUAGAAACAAGAGAUGGUCUACAGGAUCAUACGCACCUACACCAAGUCGACGCCCUUCUCCAUUUGUCUACCAUCAAAGUCAUGAAUCGUUUCAACCACCUCAUCCACCUCACAUGUCACCUCACAUGUCAUCCCGACAUUCUUCACCCACGAUAAAUAAUCCUCAUUUGCCUCUCAAUAUGGUCAAUUUACAGACGCAACAGCAUCCAUUCAUGAUGGCCAACAACCCAACUUAUCAAGGGAAUAGCAUGCUUCUACCUUCUCAUACAUAUCAUGAGCCGCAUCAAUUUGAUACGCCCCCACCCUUACUCUCUCACGGUCUUUUCCGCAUGCUUCAGAGUAACGCAGAUCCACAUUCUUUACAUACUCAUUAUUCGGAUUUGAGUGACCCUCCUGAUCUUUACGCAUCUUUACAUGAAGAACAAUUGGCACCUCCACCUGAAGAUAUGAAUCCAUCGGAUCCUGAUCUUAUUCCUCACGAGCAAGAGCUAAGAUUUGACGGAGAUUUGUAUACCCCAAGAUGGGUACGAGGCCAUGGAAACAAGAGAGAAGGGUGGUGUGGUAUUUGCAAACCGGGGCGAUGGCUAGUACUGAAAAAUAGCGCAUUUUGGGUACGUUUCCCUCAUGUUUUUCGGGGCAAGAGUUUGCUUCCCAAAAACACACUUGCUAAUAUGUUAUGACCCACAGUAUGAUAAAAGUUUCACCCAUGGCAUUUCAGCCGCAACUGGACAGCCUUUUCAAGAGCCGCAAGAAACGCGACGCAUGGACGGAAAUCCAGAUGUAUGGGAGGGUCUGUGUGGAAGCUGUCAUGAAUGGGUUGCUUUAGUUAGUAGCAAGAAAAAGGGAACCACAUGGUUUCGACAUGCUUACAAAGUACGUUUCAUCUUUUUCCAUUUAAAGUCUGAGCACAUUUCAAAUCAUGUUCGACCUUGACAUUUAGUUCAAUUGAACUUGAGACUAAUAUGAAGAAUCAAUAGUGUCAUACUCAUCCAAAGAUCAAGGAUGCACCAAAACGCCGACGCGAAUCUAGCCAUUCUCGUGCAUUGGGCGCGUCAAAUAUGGCAAAGUCAAAAGGUCAUGAUUCAAUUACCUCGAAUCCGCAUCAAUCUUCACCAAUGACGCCUAGUGUUACUUCCACGCCUUUGUAUCAGAGAAAAUCUCCUUUAGGUAGUCCGGCAAAUGGUUUAAGUAGUAUGAUAUGAUUAUGAUUUUAGGACGGUGUCCUUUCCUCCUAUCAUUGUCACGCUUCUAUUUUUUCUUAUCUGCGAGUUUAUGUUUAUAUGAUUUAAUUUGAUUUGAUUUGAUGUAUGUUACGAAAGACUUUUAUGUUAUAUUUUUCUUUCAUUCAAGAAGACAGAAUAUCUUUUUUAUUUGAUUGCCUAUUUUUUUCCUUUAUCUGCAAGAACGAGAGAUACGAAAACUCCACGAAGCACAAGAUGAGAUUUUUCAUGUUUGUUUGUACACGGAGUAUAGUGGUGAGACGCGGAGCUGGAUGCCGUUCUCCACAUUUAAGUUGAAACAUUCCACUUUCAUUUAUGGUUUUUGGGCGUGGGCGUCGGUGAUCUGUUAGUGCGAUGGUAUGCUAGCGUGAUGAUGAUAUGGGAAAGUUGACAGAUGCAGGAUAAACAUACUAUGGAAAGGAAAGGAAAGGGAAUACUUUGAAACUCGAAACAGAUUUUCUUUUAUACCUAUCGACAGCACAUGUUGUUAUAAAGUAGAAGACGAGUAUCUAUCUGCAGGCAGGCGUGUGUUAUGAUUUUAUGAGAAAGGUUAUCGAUCUGAAGAAGAUGAGAAGAUGCAGGAACAGAUUCAGAUGACAUAUUCAGAUGGGGUGGACAAUGAAGGAAGGCAAAGGCAAAGGCGCAAAAAGAAGAGGUGAAAGUUAUUGGU